AUGGGUUUCCGCCACAACAAGCGAGUCGACCCGUCCUCCGUCUUGCACCGCAACCACUUCCGCAAGGACUGGCAGUCGCGCGUCAAGACUUGGUUCGACCAGCCCGGCAAGAAGCACUCGCGCCGCGUCGCUCGCCAGGAGAAGGCUGCCAAGGCCGGCCUUAGGCCGACCGAGCUCCUCCGCCCGGCGGUUCGUCCCCCCACGAUCCGCUACAACCGCAAGCUCCGUGCCGGCCGUGGCUUCACCAAGGCCGAGCUCAAGGCCGCCGGUAUCCGCGCCAAGGAGGCCCUCUCGAUCGGCAUCCCCGUCGACCACCGCCGCCGCAACCGCUCCGAGGAGGGCCUCAAGCUCAACGUCGAGCGCCUCGAGGCCUACAAGGCCCGCCUCGUCGUCUUCCCCAAGAAGGCCGGCAAGGUCAAGAAGGGUGACACCGAGGGCGCCGACAAGUCGACUCCCGCCGUCAAGUCGGCCCAGGCUGCGUUCCCCAUCCCCGCCGGCAUGACCGCCGAGCAGCCCCGCUCGAUCACCUCGGAGGAGAAGGAGUUCAACGCCUACGCGGCCCUCCGCAAGGCCCGCUCGGACGCGAGGCUCGUCGGCGUCCGCGCCGAGCGCGAGAAGAAGAAGCGCGAGGAGGAGGAGGCCAAGCGCAAGUAA